CUUUAUAAAUUAUACAGAGAUAAAAUAAUAUUCUAUUUGAUACAUGCAAAUCAGAAAAACAAAUGACCAAUGUUAUCAAAUUUAUUUAUGUUAUGAUUUUCUUUCUUUCUAUACUUUUAUUUGCAAUAAACGUUGAAGGUGGUAUUAGAUGUUUUCAAGAUUGUGAAUGUCCAAUAGAUAUGUGUCCGCCUAGUUUUAUGCCAAGGUGUAUUUAUGGACAUUGUGUAUGUGUUAAAUUGAUGUUAUAGAUUAUAUAAGCACAAAUCUAAGAGAGUACAAAAUGUCAUACUAAAAUAUUCUAUGACUUAUUAUUUAGCUAUUCAUAAAUAUGGGGGUAAAAUGAUAUUAACCCUAAAUAUGUUGACAAUCAACCAUUUUUUUAUUCUAAUUUUUCACAUAACUUAUAGUUAUGUUGUUGUACACUAAGACGAUGAUAAUGAAAUGAAAUAAGGCGGAAAAUAUUAUUAUCUAGAUUUUCUUCUUUUCUUUUAGCUUUGGAGAUGUAGUCAUGAUUAAGGUUCUUCAAUCGGUUUGUUUGUGUAAAAAUCGGGCUCAAAAUUUAGAUUUCACGGUUUUAUUAAAAAGGUUCAAUAUCAACUGUUAAAAUAAUUUUUGUAAGAUGAGAGAGAAACAAGAGAGAGAGAGAGAGUGAGAGCCAAGAUCUGACUUUUCUGGAUUUUCUUUUCAAACCAAGCAAACAUGGAGGAAGGGUGGAUUCAAGUGAAGGAGAGGAACAACAGGAGGUUUGGAGGUAGUUCAAAAUGACACAUACUCAAAAAGGAACAUGGUGUAAAGAGGAAGCUGUCCACAACAAUUUUUAUCACAGAUUUUGGAGAUAAGUGGAAGGCCAGAGAUUUGUUCAUGGAGUUCAAGGAAAUAGGGAUGAUAGAGGAGAUUGUUAUACCUCCUAAGAGAGAUUGGAGAGGCAACCGUUUUGGAUUCGUUCGCUUUAUCAACGCUGAGGAUGAGAAAAAUCUGGAGACUAAAAUGGAUAACAUUUGGUUAGAAGGUGUCAAACUUAAAGCUAACAUUUCUAAGAUCAAAAGGAAAGAAGAACUUUUGUACCAAAGGAAUAACAACAGAAAAAGUCUUGGCAAUGGCAUAGGUAGCAGACUUGAUCAUUCUAAGGAGAACAGGUCCUUUAACAUUACAACUUCCGGGCCUUCUCGAUCCUACGCGGAGGCAAUCACAGGAAACAUUCUGAAGAAACCUGAAGAUAACAAAGAAUCGAGUAAGACUUUUUACUACACCUCUUCUGAGAUCGAAUCUAACAGGUUUAGCAAGGCCAAAAUAGGAGUAGUGCAUAGUCCAGGACUUACCUUUGGAGUAGCUCAGAGCCUUCUUGAAGAGGGGUUUUUCUCUAUCACUGCGACGGUGUUGGGCCCAAAUUUAUGUCUUUUGGAGGAAGAAACUGAUGGUGUUUUGGAGACCUUGCUAGAGGAAGAAUCUGAGUGGAGGAAUAUGUGGUUCAAAGAAAUCAGAAAUUGGAAGAAAUCCAAUGCGGAAUGCGCGAGAGUGGCGUGGAUCUCCAUCUUCAGAAUUCCUUGUUUUUUCAGAAACGAAAGUUUUAUCAACCUCCUUCUGGCUGACAUUGGGAGAGUGGUUAACCCUGAAAUCAUUAACAACAAACCUAACAGAUUGGACAGUCUUAAUAUCAUGAUCUACACAGAUUCAGUAGAAUUAAUCAGAAGCAGAGUCAAAAUGUGCAUUGAUGGAAUCUGGUUCAACUUACUGAUUAUUGAAGAUGUUACUCUCCACCAAGAGAAGAACGCACCGUCGUCCCAAGGAGGCAGCUUGAACUCGGACGAAGAUUCUUCAUUCUCUUCCCCAGAUUCUUUGGCCAAGGAUGAGUUGUCGGUGUUUGCUGGUUCGCACAACGGUUCACCGAUGAUCUCAACCAAGGACCGGCCACCGCGAUCCGCCGCCGACGAAGCAGAGAGAGAAACGAGAUCCAGCACAUCGCAUCGGGAAACGAGACAAAGUAAUGAAAUUGACGGUGACAGAAACUCAGAAACACAGAAAGGUGAAGGCGAUAGAUCAAGAAAAGAGGGAUUUUUUUGUACAACCUUUAAUGGUUCUGAACUUAUAGCAGACAAUCUUGAUCCUCUUUUAGGGAAGACUUCUUCAGACCCUAUUUCUAUGAAUUCUGGCAGCGAGGAUACAGGGGUAGCGGCUACUAAUUUCACGCCUUUGAGGAGAAAGAGAAAUAUAGGGAUUUCUCAAGUGGGCCCGGCAGGAUUAAUAAUAAAUGAUUUAAAUGGUGAUUUAAAUGGUGAUAUUUUAAUUAACGAUUUGGAGAACGUGGGGGCAAAGAGUGGGGGCCACUUGGAAAGUGUUUAUUCAAUUGAAACGGUCAAACCCCAUCCUUUUGAAUGCAAAGUUAAUUCUGACGUGGACAAAAGUGGGCCCAAUCAGGUUCCUCUUUUCAGUUAUUCAAAGGUGGAAAAGGUCUCACCAACGCACACAAAAAGCACUCAUGUGUCUUCUACUGAAAUCUCUACUAAUUCUAACAAAAAACGUCUCUCUUUUCCAUUGAAGAGUGCGAAUUUAAUCAGGAAGAGGAAAGGAAUCAGUAGUCGAAAAUCCAAAAUUCUGAGCUUUGAUGAUCAAUGUCGAACUGUGAAGAAUUCGAAACACUCUAGAAAAAAAUAAGGGAGGUGCUGGACUUAGGGGAGAAAGUUCUCGAUUUUAUUCAUCCAAUCCAGGGCGGGGUUCAACAAAGGAAGACAAUUCAACAGGAACCAGAACUUCAUCUCAUCAAACAGAAAAAAAAUAAUUUCCUUUCUUACGGAGUUCCUUUGUCUUGUGAAUCCAUCACAAGCACUGACAUUAGAAACUGCAAUAGAAGAGGAAAUAACAGUACGAGCAAUAAUGCUUCAGAGGGCCUUUGGAACUCCAUGUCUAAACUAGGAAUCAUCAAUAUAUCAAACAAUUUUGAUCCAAUCAAAAGCUUGAAGGAAAUGGAGUUAAGGAUCAUAAAGGUGUGCAUGUGGAAAAGGGGACCCAAAAUGGUGUGCACCCAUGAUUGUUCUUUCGUACAAUAUCCGUGGUGGUGGGAAUCGGGCUAAGCGUAAGCGAGUCGGAUUCCUAAUUCAAAAGGGAGAUGUUGAUCUAUGCUUCAUUCAAGAAACAAAACUUAGUGGAAUAGGUGUGGAUGUGGUUAGAGAGUUGUGGGGAGGUGUGGAUGUUGAAUGGUCUUACUCGGAUGCUAUCGGAGCCUCCGGUGGAAUAUUAACUAUGUGGAAGAAGGACUUCUUUUCUCUUAUUUAUAGCUUUAGGGGAGAAGGCUUUCUUGGUCUUUGUGUAGAGAAAGAUGUAAAACUUAUUUAUUAUGUCAAUGUUUAUGCUUCAUGUGACAAAGUUGUUAGGAGAAAAACUUGGAACAAUCUUUGUGAUUUCAAGCAUAAUAACACCAUUGGAUCUUGGUGCAUUGGGGGUGACUUCAACUCUAUAUCUACUAUUGACGAAAGAAUUGGUGUUACUAAUAGAGAUUAUAGUAGGGAUUCAAGAUCUUUCAAUGAAUUCAUAGAGGAAAUGGAGUUGGUGGAUCUUCCCACCAUAGGUCGCAAGUUUACUUGGUUCAA